AAGUUCCUGAGUGUGCAGGCCUCGGAUGCGCAUGACUAGAGGUUGAGAGGCCAGAGCCUGGCUAUCUGGAGGCCACCCCCGCAGAGGCCAUUACCCCUCUCCGCAACUUGUGCUGCACUUGGUUCCGCCGAGACCCACGACGGUUCCGCCCCCUUCUUCCUUGUCAUUGAUGUUGUUGUUCUUGUCAGUGCCGCAGCCCCGACCACCGGGAGCCCGAACCCGAGCCGGGGCCGCCCGGGUGGCGCGGUGGCGGUGGCAGCGGCUGCGGCUGCAGCAGCUGCGACGGCUGCGGGGGCUGCUCCGGGGACUGCGGGGGCGGCCGAGGACCGGCAGCCUGCGGCGGGGCCGAAUGGCUCUGUGCGGACAAGCGGCAGGCGCCGCGUCGCUGCCCAGCGAGCUAAUCGUGCACAUCUUCUCCUUCCUGUCCGCUUCCGACCGGCUACGGGCCUCGGCCUCCUGUUCUCACUGGCGCGAGUGCCUCUUCUACCCGGCUCUCUGGCCCCAGCUCCGCAUCUGCCUCCGCGUCUCGCCCUCGGAGCAGCCACGGCUCGAAUUCCUCAUGCGCAAGUGCGGCUGGUUUGUGCGAGAGCUGCGCGUUGAAUUCGCCGCGGAGAAUUACCUGAGCGGCGGAGGCGGCCCGGGCGAUGGAGGCCGCGUCGACACCAGGACUGGCGGGGAAGAAGUCGAAGCCCUGCAGCUCUCAACCCGUUGGCUGGAAGUGCUACGCACCUACUUAGAGCUGGUGCUGUGCGUGCUGGUCAGCAUCCGGAACAACAGGAACCUCCAGAAGUUUAGCCUUUUUGGAGACAUAAGCGUUCUACAGCAGCAAGGAAGUUUGUCAAAUACAUACCUCAGCAAGGUGGACCCUGAUGGCAAAAAAAUUAAACAAAUUCAGCAGCUGUUUGAAGAAAUACUUAGUAAUAGUAGGCAACUGAAGUGGUUGUCUUGUGGGUUUAUGCUGGAAAUAGUAACCCCAACAUCACUGUCAUCUCUCUCAAACUCUAUUGCCAACACCAUGGAGCACCUGAGUUUACUGGACAACAAUAUUCCUGGUAACAGCACCCUUAUCACCGCAGUAGAACUGGAGCAAUUUGUGAAUCUACGCUCACUUGCCCUGGAUUUCUGUGACUUUACAGCUGAGAUGGCAAGAGUCUUAACCGAUAACAACCAUGUGCCUUUGCAGCGACUUUCUCUCCUGGUCCACAAUGUUUCCGUGAUGCACAAGUCUCUGGACAACAUGCCAAAUGAUGAGCAUUGGAAAGCCUUGUCAAGAAAGAGCACCAACCUCCGAGUCUAUAUAAUGGCUUUUGAUAUCAAGAGUGAAGAUAUGUUAAAGAUUCUGAAACCCAGUAUACCACUAGAGAGGAUUCAUUUUGACAGCUACAUCACUUGUGUUUCAGGAGCUAUUGUUGAUCUUAUAUCUAGGCAGUAUGACAAGUUCCUCACUCAUUUUAUAUUAAUGAAUGAUGUGAUUGACACAUCUGGUUUUCCAGAUCUUAGUGACAACCGAAAUGAAGAUCCGUUGGUUUUAUUAGCAUGGAGGUGCACAAAGCUCUCUCUUCUGGCAGUUCAUGGUUACACAGUGUGGGCACACAACCUCAUUGCCAUUGCUCGUCUUCGUGGCUCUGAUCUAAAAGUACUUGAAGUCACUGAAGAAAGCAUUGAUUUUGACCAAGGUGAACUGGCCGACCAGGAUGUGGAUCCAGUACAUAACCUUAUUGAGCAGGUAUCCCUGGGCCUAGGUCAACCUUGGCAUGCGAUCAUGGACAUCGAAUCACUCAGUGUCUUCACUGAACCAAAUCGUCAUUUUUACAGAGAGAUGCAAAGCUUCAGCGAAGACAUUUAGCUUUUUUUAAAUGUACAAUUCCUGUGGUUACAUAUGCAAGUAGGGUCCUAUUACGUUUUUUUUCUUUCAGUAGUGUGAAUUAAUCCCUUUGUGCUGUGUUUAAUCAGUAUUAGCUUUAUAGAAUUAUAUAUGUAUAUUCUACUUCUUGAUCAAAGAACGUAGUCAGGUAUUGGUUUAGAAGUUCAAAGUGACAAUGUAUAGGGCUUUCACGGUUAAUGGACUUGUUACCAAACCUUAAGAAUAUACAACCGAAGGUUGUCUGAGGUUGCUGGCUAACUUUAUUUUUUCACUGAGUUACUCUGCCUUUUGAUGUUUUUAUUCUUUGUGUGUCAGAGCUCAGGAGCCAAAAUAUUUUUAUACAUAUAUAGAUAUAUAUCCAUAGCCUGGUGGAUUUGUAUGCAAUGCACUGCAUUCAUUCAUUGUGUGAUAGCAUUUCAUUAAUUUUUCUUUGAAAUGGAAGGAGGGAGGAUAAUACAAUCCCAAAUGAGUUAUCUUUAACAGAAAAGCCAAGCCUUUAACUUUCAUUACAUAUGUAAUAGUUGAUAUCACCAAUUACCAUUCUCAAUUUUGUAUAGUACUAGGUUAGAACACUGCUGAAUCCUUUUUUAAAUGCAUUUACAUCAAUACAAAUACUCAAAUUAUUGGAUUUUUUUAAACUAUGUCUGACAUAAUUUAAUUCAUCAAUUACAUCAUACAUUCAAGUUAGCUUUUUAGCCAAGAUUUCAAAUAGUGGAGGAAGAAAGAAACAAUAUUCCAGGGUAAAACCUCCUAAAUGAAUAUCAAAACACAGAGUUUGUAAACACACAUGGCUUGCAAACAAACAUUAGUUGUGAAAUCCCUAGCAACAAGUCACUGGAUUUUUCUCUGUCAGCGUGCGUGUCAGCUGCCAAAGAAUAGAUUUAACUGAAGAAGUGCCCACAUGCUGGCAGGGGCUGGCCCACUCUGGCCAGCCAGAUACUGCUAGAUUGUAAUAUUUAAGGUCGAAUUUCGACCUGUGGUACACAGCUGUGCUGUGGCUCAGUCAGCAACCUCAGAACUCUGAAAAACAAAAAAAAAAAAACAAAACAAAAAAAAAAGAAAAAAAAACCAUGCACCUGUUUCACUGUGAAUAGUGAAUGUAAAGGAAAGAAAGGAAAAACUGAAAGCUUGUUCUAUCACAGGUAUGAGCUGCUAUGUUACAUGAAGAACAUUCCAUGAAGUAUGUUUUAAAACCUUGUUAUAUCUGAGAGGCUUUAAAAGCCGACUUAACUGUUUCAGGGCAACCGCGGUACAGACGUGGUCUCUGUGAGACUUCCACCUGACCCCAGUUUUAAGUGGUACGAAUGUUGUGCAUUUAAUGUUAAAGGACAGUCUGCAAUAAUAAAGUAAGUAGCCAACGUGGGUGCCCAGCAGUGCUGAGACCUGGCUGCUCUAGUGUAAGCUUUGGAAACACAAUUUAUGCAACAAAUGUCCAGAUAUGAUUCUAUUUAUGGAAAAAGUUUAUAUGUAUUUUACAAAUGGUUUUACCAUCUUAUAUUAAAAUGACCUUUUGACAGGUGUGCACUGUUUUGUCUCCAGUGAGCACAUACCAUGCGGAUUUUAUAUGUACAUCAGUAGUGUGAAUCCACUGGCACAGUGUGUGUAAAUGCCAGAUGUGGUGAGAUUUUAUCUUAUAAAUGUGAUCAGAUAAAAUAACUCCUGACAGAAACUGUAAGGAAACCAGCUGAAUGUUUGACCUGAUGACUGAUGUUGUUGUAUGGUUUAUGUUAAAUGUAUAUUCUUUUAAUCAAUGAAUAAAGCAUUAAAAAGUGA